AUAUUGAAUUAUUAUAGUUAAUUAUAUAAAUAUUGAAUUAUAGUUAUAUUGAAAAUGCAUUAUUUUAAAAAACCUUGGAGCAUAAUGUUUUUGUUUAUAACGUUCGCAAAAUGUGGUGCAAAUAACGAUGUAAAAUUGAACUUAAAACAGGGUACGUUAUCAGGAUUAAGAAAACAAACGUUUUUGAAUGAUAAAAUAUAUUAUUCGUUUACGGGAAUACCUUUUGCCAAUCCGCCGCUUGGUGCUUUGAGGCUUCAGCCACCUCAGUCUCAUGAAGGUUGGGAAGGCAUACUAAAGGCCCACGAGGAAAAACCAACAUGUUUCCAAGUCAGCUUUAGAAUAAGAAAUAAUGAGCCACCUGGAUUCUCCGGCUCUGAGGAUUGCCUUUACUUAAAUGUCUACUCUCCCGAUAUAGAAAGUUCUGUUCCUGUAGUCGUUUUCGAUUACAAUGAUAAUUUCAAAACGGGCUUUAAUGGAUCACAGACAUAUUCACCAGACUUUUUCAUUGAAGAGGGAGUAAUAGUCGUCAAUAUUAACCAUCGGCUGGGUAUUUUUGGUUAUUUAACCACAGAAGAUGAUGUUAUACCACCUAAUGCAGGAUUACAAGACUUCAUUUUAGGUCUAGAGUGGAUUCAAGAUAAUAUCAAGGCAUUUGGAGGUGACCCAAAACGAGUUACCGUUAUGGGAAAUCGUGGCGGUGCAGUAAUAGCUAAUAUCUUACUACAUUCAGAUAAGGCCAAAAAUCUAUUUUCUUCCGUUAUAUUACAGAGUGGAACAGCAAUGGAAUCUAUUUAUUUUGAUAAUAAUCCUAAAGAGAAAGCAUUUAAAAUUGGAGAAUUACUCAAUAUUACGACAGACGAUUCUAAAAUCCUUUUAGAAAAACUGCAAUUAGUAGAUGCUAAUACUUUACUCUCUUUGGAAGGAAACGUUUUCGAUGACAGAGUCAUGAAUGAUCUGCAGUUAAGCAUUGACACUUUUUCACCAACUAUUGAUAAAAACACUAAAAACGCUGUGAUUGCAACUUUACCUGAAAACGCUAAUAUAGUUAAUGAUGUUCCUGUGUUAGUAGGAUUUAACUCACGAGAAGGACUCGAUUUAGUGUCGCCUUACCUAAUGGAACCAAGGAUGGUUAAUGAUAUUAGAAACACUUUAUUUAUAUUCCCAAUAAGGGUCGAUUUCCAUUUCGAUCGCAAUAGUAGUAUAUUUCAUAACGCACUGAGUGAAGCCCUACAUUUCUAUUUGAAAGAUGGAUAUUUGCAUUACACUAAUAUUUUAGAUUACGCUGUGUAUGUGGGCGAUCUAUUUCAGAAUUAUGCUUUGCAUACAACUGCAAAGAAAUUAUCUAGAGAUCUGAAAUCCGAAGUCUACUAUUACUUAUUUGAUUAUAGAGGAGCAUUAAAUGAAAAUAGCGAAUACAUAUCUAGAUUUUUAAGAUUCAGCAUGGAGCACUGGGGCGCAACAAUUACUGAUGAACUUUGUUAUUUACUUUUGUGCACACGAAUUAAGAAGACGUACAAUCAAUACAAAAAAUUGCCCAGUGAGCAGCCUGAAUUUAAAGUGUUGAAGAAAAUGGUCAGGAUGUGGACAAAUUUUGCGAAAUACGGAAAUCCUACACCUAUUGGAAAUGAUGACAUUUUAAAAGAUACAAAAUGGCUACCGAUGGAUAAAAAAGGUGAUUCGAAUUACCUCCAUAUAUCGAAAACGUUAAAAAUGAAGAAGAAUCCUUUGGGUAAACGAUCCGAAUUUUGGGACGCAUUCUUAAAUAAAUACAGGGAAUUGACAAAAGAUGGUACGGCUGUAAACGAAGAAAUACACCAUUUUGAAUUGUAAUUGUAGUUUAUAAUUCUGUAAUGUAAAUUAACACUGUUUUACAAGUUUCAAAAAUAUCCGUACAAGUCAAUAGAAAUUCUUCAAUCUUUUGUUGUAAAUGCUGCUAUCUAGCGAUGCAAUACGUACAGUACAGAUUUAUUUAUUAUCUAGUUGUCUAGUUGAAAAUCUUAACACUGAACUCUCUUUAGUUCGAGCCUAAACUGCCAGAUGGCAGUGUUUUCAUUAUGAUUUUAUUAAAGUUUAAGUAAAUUACAUUUUAUAAGUUAGCGAAUGUUUCAUGCCUUAUGCGAGUGGAAAUUAAAUAGCUGUAAUUAUUUACUAACUGUAGAGUACAUAUAAAUAGUACCAUAUUCUUCUAGUUUUCAAUGACUGUGGAAUUUUAUUGACAUUUUAGUGACAAAAAUAAUAAUAAUUAUGGUUUAUAGUAUGCACUAAAAUU